AUAUUUUUACACACUAUUUAUUUUAUAAAUACAAUCUUAAAAGUUUUUUUUACUAACGUCUUUAUUUUGAAUAUCAGUUACACAAAGCUUGAACAUCAACGCGGAAGUGAAAGUUUAGGGUCGCGUUCCAAAAUCGCCGUGAAGUGCACUAGGGAGCAGGUUCAAACCAUUGUGUCGUAACCUACAUAGUGUACUUGUCUAACGAGCAAGGAAGCCGUUUGGGUUGUUUCCAUGGAGCCCAGUCAAAUGCAGCUCGACUUUGGAGUGUGAAAGUCGGAGAGCGCGAUUAUGGAGGCGUUCAGAACAUGGAGCUCAUUUCUAGUGUUGUAAAUAAGGUUUUUCAAAUCUCCUGGCUUUCUGGUGAAAAUAAUGUACGGAGGUGUAAAAAAAGAGAGAAAGCUUUAGAAGUCUAUGAUGUUAUUCGCACCAUUCAGGAUCCUGAGAAACCCAAUACUCUGGAGGAGCUGGAUGUGGUGACCGAAAAAUGCGUGGAAGUUCAAGAUCUUGGGGACGAUGAGUACCUCAUCAUUAUCAGGUUCUCCCCUACAGUGCCGCACUGCUCUCUGGCCACACUGAUAGGUCUUUGCUUACAAGUGAAACUUCAGCGAUGCCUACCUUUCAAACACAAGCUCGAGAUUUACAUUACUGAGGGAACACAUUCAACUGAGGAAGACAUUAACAAACAGAUCAAUGAUAAGGAGCGGGUAGCAGCAGCGAUGGAGAACCCUAACCUGCGGGAAAUUGUGGAACAGUGUGUUACCGAGUCUGAUGACUAAAGCCUCGUCUCACACAAUGUCCUAUACACAGUCUGAUUUAAAAAUCAUGGCCUGGAACACGGCGAAACGUUUUUUUUCUAUUUUCGUGCCGAUUGCUAGCAAGCUGCUCCGUUGACUUUUUUUCCUCGGCAAGUCCACAGUUCACACAACACUGUGAUCAAUAAGAAAGCAACAAGCCUAAUUGUUGUAGUGUUGAGCGUCCUUCAGAAAAUUCUUUCGUGAGUUAAGCCAGGCAGAAAAUAUCAGAGAGGUUUCAGAGCAGAAUAAAUCGGUACAUCUUGAAUUAUAA